AUAAAGCAGAUCCAAGCUGGGGUGGUAGUAGGCCACACCACACAGCCCACACUUCCAUUCCGUCCGUAACUCUGCUCCAAAGCAGCAGCCUCCACAGCUAUCAAAAAGCUCUCUCGACGAACCUCGGCGACACACUUCACGAAAAGAGAGGUGUACUCCUUUGUCCUAAAUGGAGGCACGUCGUCGUCUCGCCGUCCUCUCUUCUCAUCUUCGCUCCAUAACCGCUUCGACCAAUUCUCCGAACUCAUACGUUUUAGCUGCAAAUUGCGCUUCUUGUUCCGAUGUUGGAAAGGGCACUGAAGAAAAGAACUGUGUUUUUUGCAAGAUUAUUCGAGGGGAAGCAACGGCUUCGAAGCUCUAUGAAGAUGAUAUAUGCCUUUGCAUUUUGGAUACAAAUCCACUGACUCAUGGGCACUCUCUCAUAAUUCCAAAAUGCCAUUUUUCUUCCUUGGAUGCAACUCCUCCAUCGGUGGUAGGUGCCAUGUGUUCAAAAGUACCCUUAAUCGGCAAUGCUGUGUUGAAAGCUACUGGAUGUGAUUCAUUCAAUUUGUUGGUUAACAAUGGUGCAGCAGCGGGCCAAGUUAUAUUUCAUACUCACAUUCAUAUCAUUCCUCGGAAUGCUCGUGAUUGCUUAUGGGCUUGUGAGAGUUUGCCGAGGUAUCCCCUAAAGUUAGAUCAGAAAACUUCACAACUAGUGGAUCACGUUCGACAACAAUUGUCAUUUGUGGACAGCUUUGAAGCAAUCAAAGGUCAAGGAUCCACUCUCAUGUGAGUAUUAAACUUGAACUGAAUGCUGAUUUGCUGAGGGAUUGGGUAAUGUUAGAUCAGGAAGCUUCAAGACUGGCUGAUAUCCUUCAACUCGAGAAUGAUUUUCAUCCACGGUAGCCAUGGAGGUAGCAAGGGCCAAUGCUCCACCCUCCUUGAGUUGCAUUCGAGAAAGAUAAUCAUUGUUGGGCAGUUUUGAAGGUCGAAGGUAGCUAGGGUAAAGGAAUAAAGGAUCCACCCUCACGGAGAUCUGCUGCGAUGGUUGAUCCUUAAGAGCAUACUUCUUUGUAUAAUGUAUACCCAGUUAAGUCACAAUUAUACACACGUCUUUCUAUAUACUAUGUAUAUGCAGGACUUGCAGUAAUGAGUUGUUUGUUGUGAACCUGGAUAGACCAAUUACUGUGGUCAAUGUCCUAAAUUCAAACGGCUGAAAUUCGCUUUAAUUAUUGAAUGGUAGUGUC